ACUAGUUUAUUGACUCUUAAGCUCUAGGGUUUCUCUUUCUCUCUGACCAGAAUAGCGUCAUGAAGUUACAAGAUAACCAGGAUCUCCAACUAUCGAAUCAGCUUAUUUCGUCUUUAAUGGAGGAAAUACCCCACGUUCAGAGCUUCAAAGGCAAGUGGGCUCUCAUCAGAACCAAACUUGGCGAUCUCCCCACCCAUCUCAAAGAUCUCUCCGACUUCCCCAAUUUUUCUUCCAACCCACUCUCCUUAGAACUCGUCCGCUCCAUCUCCCAAACCCUCACCGAUGCUCUCUCCCUUGCCAGAAACUGUCGCCAUGCUAACCUCUCCGCCGGUAAGCUUAGGACGCAGAGCGACAUCGACGCGAUAGCGGCCAAGCUCCACCAGCAUAUCCAAGAUUGUGACCUCUUGCUCAGGAGCGGUGUCCUUCAGGACGGUGUCCCUGUCUCCUCUGUUACCGUUUCUUCUAAGAGGGAAACUAUCCGAGUCGAGGCGCGGAAUUUGAUCACUCGGUUGCAGAUCGGGAAUCCCGAAUCGAAGAGCGCCGCUAUGGAUUCUUUGCUGGGCUUGCUUCAGGAGGACGAUAAGAACGUCUUGAUCGCCGUCGCCCAAGGUGUGGUUCCGGUUCUCGUUCGGUUGCUCGAUUCCAGCUGCCUUGAUAUGAAGGAGAAGGCCGUCUCAGCCAUCUCUAGGGUUUCUAUGGUGGACAGUAUCAAGCAUGUUCUAGUUGCGGAAGGGGUUUUGCUUCUCAAUCAUUUGCUUCGAGUUCUCGAGUCGGGAAGUGGGUUUGCCAAGGAGAAAGCUUGUAUUUCUCUUCAAGCCCUUACCUUUUCCAAGGAGAACGCUAUAGCAAUUGGAUCCAGAGGUGGGAUUUCUUCUCUAUUGGAGAUCUGCCAUGCCGGAACGCCCGGUUCUCAAGCCGUCGCGGCUGGGGUCCUCAGGAAUCUCGCUCGAUUCCCUGAAAUCAGACAGAAUUUCAUCGAGGAGAACGCCGUCUCGGUACUCAUCGGGCUUUCGUCCUCUGGGACUGCAAUGGCCCAAGAGAAGUCGAUUGGCUGUUUGGGUAAUUUGGUGUCGGCGGACGACCAAACAUUGAAGCUUUUGGUGGCCAGGGAAGGAGGAAUCGAAUGCCUUAAGAACUACUGGGACGCAGCUCCUUCUGUUCAGAGCCUUGAAGAUGCUGUCGGGCUAUUGACAAAGAUGGCUUCUUCCAGGCCUAUAGCCGAAGCUCUUGUAUCCGAGGGCUUCAUCCCUCGGCUUGUGGCGGUUUUGAGUUGUGGGGUUUCAGGGGUGAGAAUCGCAGCGGCCAGAGCUGUUUACGAGCUGGGAUUCUGCAACAAAAAAAAGAAGGAAUUGGGAGAAUCAGGGUGUAUUCCUCCUUUAGUGAAGAUGUUGGAAGCCAAGGCGGUGGAAGAGAAAGAAGCUGCUGCCAAGGCACUGUCUUGGCUAAUGCUGUAUGUGGGUAACACAAGGGUUUUCCGCAAGGACGAGAGGGGAAUACUGAACACGGUUCAGCUCCUUGAUCCUUCCAUCAUCAACUUGGAUAAAAGAUACCCAAUUUCUAUCCUGGCUUCUAUUGUUCAAUCCAACAGAUACCGCAAACUGAUGGUAGCUGCAGGUGCCUCUGCUUACUUGCAGAAGCUUACUGAGAUGGAGAUUGAUGGUGCUAAGAAGCUUCUUGAAAGUAUAGGUAGAGGAAAGCUCUGGGGCGUCUUUGCCAGAACGUAGCAGAGGAAAUCAUCCAUUGUCAAGAUACACAUACUGAUCCUUUGAUUGAUCUGUCUGUACCAUAUAUUUUUCAUGUGUCAACUGUCAUCUGUAUCAUUUUUCUUUUCUUCUUUUGAAUUCAUACUUUGAGGUUAGGGAAGAAGCCCUGAAAAGAGUAGAGACACACAGUCAUCAUCAUCCUUAAAACCUAAUUGCUGUUGUAUACUUUUUUCUUCUGUGUAGAGCUUAAAUCUUGUGGUUUGUUGACAUUACUUAGAUUGAGAGCUUUUCCUAAUAAAAUGUUUUGUUUUUUUUAAUCUUGUAA